AUGCAAAAAUCUUUACGUGCAAAUGAACAACAAUUAUACUAUUUAGUGAAUAAAGCACGUGAAAAUGGUAUAGCUAAAUUAUGUGGGAAUUUAUGGAAGAAAAGUUUAGAUACUGGUAAAUGGCAACUACGCUACUUCAUUCUUUAUCAAAACUUGUUAUUCUACUUUGAUUGUGAACGCGCUGAACGACCAUCUGGUGUCAUAUUUCUUGAAAGCUCAUACUGUCAACCCAAUGUGAAUUUAAAAUCUAGCCGAGAUGAUAAAAUUGGUGGACAGCAAGGGCACUGCUUUACAAUAUCGUAUCGUAAAGAAGGCGUACGACAGUAUGAUCUACGCGCUGACACUGAAGAAGAAUGUUCCAUGUGGGUUGAAGCGAUCAACAGUGCAAGUUUCAGUAAACUUUUAGAGCUAAAACAAGAAGCUGAACAGAAACAACUACAUCUUUCACAGAUAUUAGAAACAGAACUACGCGCUAAAUGGCACUAUGUAAAACAAAUUGAAGAAUUGACAGCUGAAAUAAAACAAUUGAAAUAUGAGUUUAACGAAUAUCGUAUUGACCGUCGAUUCAAUUUGGAGUUAGAAAAUGAAUCAGAAGAGUUGAAAAAAAUUAAAAAGGUCCAGUCAUUUUUUCGUGGUUGGUUAUGUCGUCGUCGAUGGAAGCAUAUUGUUGAAGAGUAUAUACGUUCUGAGCAUGCAGAAUCAAUGCGUAAACGUAACAGUAUUGUAUUCGGUCUUGUUGAAUGUGAAGAUGAAUAUGUUCAACAAUUAUCCAUCCUGGUUACAUGUUAUCUAAGACCAUUUCGUAUGGCAGCCAGCUCUAAAAAGCCGAUUGUUACUCAUGAAGAUGUGAAUUCAAUAUUUUUAAAUGCUGAAGCAGUCCUAUUCUUACAUCAAGUAUUUGUACAAGGAUUACGUAAUAAAAUGGAACAUUGGCCAACUUUACAAUUAGGUGAUCUCUUCGACCUGUUACUGCCAAUGUUGGGAAUAUAUCAAGAAUAUGUACGUAAUCAUCAUUACUCCCUGCAAGUAUUAGCUGAGUAUAAACAACGUCCAGAGUUUACGCAUAUGCUUAAGCGUUUAGAAGAGAAACCGCUGUGUGAAGGCAGAUCGAUUGAAUCAUUUCUUACUUAUCCAAUGCAUCAAAUUCCGCGUUACAUUAUCACACUGCAUGAACUCCUUGCACAUACACCUUAUGAUCAUGUUGACAGAAAAAAGUUGGAGUUUGCUACCUCAAAACUUGAACAAAUUUCACAUACGCUCAAUCAACUAAACAUUUUUCGGGAUUCCUUUUGA